AUGAGUUAUCCAAAUAAUAAAGAAAAUAGUAACAAUAUUGGUGGUGGUUCAUUCUCAGUACCAAGUAAACAACCACAAAGAGUACUUCAACAACAAAAUACAAAUAUAAAUAAUCAUCAAACAACAUCGACUGUUAAAUCAACAAUUACAAAACCAACAACAACUGGGGCCACUACAUCAACUAAUACUUCAACAAUACCACCAACAACAACAGCAUCAUCUUCAUCUUCAUCUUCAUCUUCAUCUUCAUCUUCAUCUUCAUCCUCAUCUUCAUCUUCAUCUUCAUCAUCUCAAUCAGUACCAAAGAAAAAAUGGUGUAUUGAUGAUUUUGAUAUUGGUAAAUUAUUAGGAAUGGGUAGAUUUGGUCACGUUUAUUUAGCAAGGGAGAAAAAGAGUCAAUUCAUUGUUGCACUCAAAGUUUUAUUUAAAAAUCAAUUACAAACACAUAAUAUAGAGCAUCAAUUAAGAAGGGAAAUUGAAAUUCAAUCUCAUUUAAGACAUCCAAAUAUUUUAAGAUUAUUUGGAUAUUUUUAUGAUGAUAAAAGAGUUUUCUUAAUUAUUGAAUUUGCCAAAGGUGGUGAAUGUUUUAAAGAGUUACAAAAAGUCGGAUCUUUUAAUGAACAAACUGCUGCUACUUAUACAUUACAAAUUGCAGAUGCUUUGAGAUAUUGUCAUUCAAAACAUGUUAUUCAUAGAGAUAUUAAACCAGAAAAUCUUUUAAUUGGUGUUGGUGGUGAAAUUAAAAUUGCAGAUUUUGGAUGGUCAGUUCAUGCACCAAAUACAAAGAGAAGUACAUUUUGUGGUACAUUAGAAUAUUUACCACCAGAAGUUAUUGAAAAGAAAGGUUAUGAUCAAACAGCUGAUGUUUGGAGUUUAGGUAUUCUCAUAUUUGAGUUUUUAGUUGGUCGUUCACCUUUCACCUCUGAUGAAGAGAAAAAUAUUUUCCACAAUAUACAAGAGAAUGAUGUUUAUUAUCCAUCUUCAAUAUCACCUGAAGCAAAAGAUUUAAUUUCAAGAUUACUUGUAUCAGAUCCACAUCAAAGAAUUACAUUAAAAGAUGUUAUUAACCAUCCAUGGAUUAAAAAACAUGCUCAUCCAAAAUCACUCGAGCCAACAAAAUUGGGUCUUCCAUUACCAUCUCAAAUGACUUAUUAA